AUAUAAUUGAAAUUAUCCAAACCCCCAAAACAAAAACUUAUCCAAAUUGGACCCUUCCCGUCAACCCCUUUAAUUUCCCUCCCCACCUUUUCCGACCAAAUCCAAAUUCCAAACUCAGAAUUUUAUUUUACUUUUCUUCCCUCAUUUCAUUUCUUCUCAGCAAUCAAACAAAUUUCUUCGUCUCGAAUAUUCGUAUACUCUCGCGCAGAAAAAAUAUCCCCAUGUAAAGAUGCCCUUAUCGGGUUUCACCGACGUUUGAUUUUUCAAUUAAGAAUUUCCCAUGGCUCUUCUGCUUUCGCCGGAUGUUCCCUCCAUCUCCGCCGGCAGACGGUGUUUUGAAACCCCGGCGAGGGUAAUUCCCUCCAGGACGGCAGUUUGUAGAUUAGGCAAACGAGUGGUUGCUGGUUCGGGGAUUCGGGUCGGUUUAAAAGACGGCGUUAAGCAUUUGGAGGAUGCUGCGGAGGUAUUGAAUUUGGGGGAAAAUGUGUGUUUGAAUUUGAAUUCGGGUCAGUUGUUUUCAGUUCCAGUGAAGCAGCAACCGAGUACGGCGUCAUCUUUAUCAAAACCUAGCAAAGAGGAGGAGGAGAAGCGGAACUAUUAUUUGAAUACGGGUUAUGCUAUUCGGACUCUCAGGGAGGAGUUCCCGGCGCUGUUUUAUAAAGAACCCAGCUUUGAUAUUUACAGGGAUGACAUAACCUUUAAAGAUCCGCUCAACACCUUUGUCGGGAUUGAGAACUAUAAAUCGAUAUUUUGGGGCUUAAGAUUCCAUGGCAGAAUAUUUUUCAAAGCAUUGUGGAUUGACAUCAUCAGCGUGUGGCAGCCUGUGGAUAACAUGAUAAUGGUUCGCUGGACAGCCCACGGAGUUCCUAGAGUUCCAUGGGAGAGCCACGGUAGAUUCGAUGGUACCUCUGAGUACAAGCUCGACAAGAAUGGAAAGAUCUACGAGCAUCAAGUUCACAACAUCGUUCCUCCUCGUGCGCCACCAAAGUUCCAUGUGCUUUCUGUUGAGGAUCUGAUUCGUUCCAUUGGUUGCCCCUCAACUCCUAGGCCUACCUACUUCAAGACCUCAUCAUCUUCUCUCAGAGAAUUUGUACAGCAGACAAAUUUCGAAGGGAUCGAGCAUUAUGUAUCCUCUCUUCUUGCCAGUGUUCCACAAUCUGAUAAGGAAUAGUUUACAGUAUCAUAGUACAGUAACUGAGCAGAGAUGAAGUUUUUGAGCAAUUUUGUCCCACACCUUCAAACCUAUGACAGAAAUGCAGUGUGCGCACGGCUUGUGUAUGAAGGUCAAACCAUGUUUGUGAAGACUCAAGUUUGCUUCAUGGCCUUUUAUCCCAAGGGCCUGACUCUUGUGUUAGUGUAAUGCUUGAGCUGGAUAGAUGGUUUAAGUGCAUGUUCUGUUUGGUUUGGGUGGGUUCUCGUUGUGCUGUUGUGAUUGUAAAUCUUGUGUAUAGUUCAGCAAGUGCUACUACUACGAUCGCCUGUUUGUACUUAAUAGGAUGGAUAUACGUAUAGUACUUAUAAAGUUGCAAUAGAUCAUUAGUUCCCUCCCUCAACAAUAAGAGGACCUUCUAUAUAUGUUGCCACUGCUUAUGUUUUCAUUUCAUGGAUGC